AUGCACUCUCUAAACCCAAUCACAGAUCUAAUUCUCGUAAGUAUCGCUUGCUCUGUUUUCUGUUUCUGAGGAUGUAUUGGUAUUCCGAUUUCAGACCGCAAUGGAUUCCGUCAAUCCGAGGAAUCAAGAAAAGGCAAAGGAAAAGGAAAAGGAAAAAGGGAAGGAGAGCAGUUGGGGAUCGAUCGGAAAAACGCCUUAGGCCAUGGGUUGGGGCUUUAAAAGAUUUACAUGGCAUACAUGGCCCCUUAAAAUUAUUCUUAAAAGUGGAAUUUGGACAGGAUUCGUGCCUUGUGUCUCCCCCUUGUAUAACAACAGAUGAUAUUUUAUUGUUCUUCAAAGUUUAUGAUCCUGCGAAUGAAAAAAUAAGAUAUGUUCAUCAAAGUAUUGAUUUUUACGAGGUUUAUUCUAGUGUGUACGUACUAGGUGAUUCUAAAUGGCGGAUCUUUCUUCGACGAAUGGGGCAAGGCGAUAAUGAUGUAUCAUUAUAUAUAAAAGUUGUCAAUGCUGCUUCUUUACCAUUUGGUUGGAGCAUUUACGUGGAAUACAAAUUGACUAUUAUUAAUCAAUUCACAACAACUUUGAAUUUCCAAAAAGUAUCAUGCCAUCACAUUAAUGCCAAAGACAAUCACCAUGGGUUUUCAUGUUUUAUGCCGUUUGAAGUAUUUUGCGGUGCAUACUUUGGAUAUACAAUUGGUGAUGCAUGCUCUAUCGAAGUGGAGAUAAUAAGCUACGGAGUGACAAAACGUUGGCCAAACUCUCAAAAGAAGGAAAUUGAGUUUGUGGGAUUAAAGAACCAAGGAGCAACAUGCUAUUUGAACUCCCUCUUGCAAACAUUGUAUUAUAUUUCAUAUUUUCGAAAGGUGGUAUAUCAAAUGCCUACCAAUCAUAACGAUGAGCCAAAGGAAAAUAUUCCCCUAGCUCUCCAGAGAUUAUUUUAUAAUCUUCAACAUAGUGAGAGUAGCGUUGCAACAAAUGAGCUGACAAGAUCCUUUGGUUGGGAUCAAUGUGAUGCUUUUGUACAACAUGACGUGCAAGAAAUGAGUCGUCUGCUAUGUGAAGCACUUGAAGAAUCUAUGACGAUCUUCAACUGGAUGUGAAGGGUUGUUAUGGUGUUUAUGCUUCACUUGAUAAGUUUAUUGAGGUUGAACAUAUGGAUAAUGAUAACAAAUAUCGUGCCGAUCGCUUUGGUUUGUAGGAGAUAAGAUUUGAGACUACCGUCAUGAUACUUUUAUUUAGAUCUAGCCAGGAGGAAUGGGGAUAUUAUUAGCUUUCAAAAGCCACUUAAAGUGCGCACAAGAAAUACCCUAUUUAUACAUCACAACCCUUCGUAGGUCGGCAAUCAAUGUGGCUAUAAAACAAAGCUUUAGUUUGUAUACUAACCCAUUGGAGAAGCU